CUUUCUUUUGCCGAAGAAUUUACCGAAUCCUGGACCGUGUCCCUCUCCAUCAAGGUGCUUCCUUUUCCCGAAGAGUGGUCCACCAAAUCCUCAACCGUGUCCCUCGCCACCACUUCCUCCUCAUCUUCCCAGUCGAUGCUCACCGGAGAACUCUUGUUCCUGGUGCUUCCCUGGCGUUUUGCGCCGGGGCCCUCUUCCCCAGAGUCUGACAUUCCUGCCAGGGAAACCCAAUUUUGUAUUCCAAAUUGAGUAUUAUGUAAGUCUAGAGACAGCUCCCAAAAAAUCCCCAGUCACUAUGAACUGCAAACUACGUCGUCUGGAUCUGCUCCGCAAUGGCCAAAAGUCGGACUGUGAGCUCCAUGUCUGGUAUCCGGAUAAGGCGGGCAAGGGCAAGCGCUGCCAGCGAAUCUUCAAGUGCCACCAGGUAAUGCUGGUCUCCGUCUCCGAGGAAUUUGAGCGGCUGAUCAGGGAUCCCGAGUUCCAGAAGAACAAGGCAGUGAUCACUGGAGGACGCUCACCCACCGCCUACGAAGCCCUGCUCCUCUAUAUCUACACGUAUGAGGUCUGUAAUGCGGUCACCAUCGAUAUGUGCGGUGACCUCAUGUUCCUGGCCGAGAAAUACAAGAUGCUGGACUUCAUAGAACGCUACAUCGAUAAAUUGGCUAACCAGGAAUGGCUGGAGGUGGUUUUACAGGUCUUCCAUCUGGCCAGUGAGCACAACCACCCGGAAUUAAUGGAUCUUGUGUCGAAGAAAAUCCUACCCAUAGCCACUCAAGUCACCAAGGACAAGUCGUUCCUCAAGUUAAGUGUCAAGGAGCUCAAGGCUCUUAUGAUAAUCCUCAAAAAAGAAGGAGUCCUUUCGGAUCACGAACUAUUAGAGUCCCUGAAGUACUACCAGGAGGUGAACAACCUGCGCUACGACAACAUGGAGCAGUUCCAGAUUUUCGUGGAGGUGACCCAAAUGUUCGACAAUGUUCUCUUCGAGAUAGAUGGCUCCAUAGUCGUGCCCGAAGAGGAGGAAUAUGUAACUCGGGAAAUAGGCUCCGAUACAUCAAUCUACAAGAAGUAAUCUUGUAGAGAGUU